AUGUUCAUCCUCCUAGGCCCCACACUCUUCGCCGCAUCCAUCUACAUGACUUUAGGUCGUCUCAUCCGCCGAGUCCAAGGAGAACAUCUUUCACCGAUUCGUGUAUCACGACUCACCAAGACCUUUGUCUGGGGCGAUGUGUUGUCUUUCAUCGUCCAGGGCAACUCCUCUUCUCUUUCCGUGCUGGGAUACGCCCAGUGGGGAAAGGUGUGUGUCGUUGCCGGUUUGGCAAUUCAGCUUAUCUCCUUUUCCCUUUUCUGGGUGACUGCCAUUAUCUUCGCGAGACGUCUUCGUCGUGCACCUACCCCUGAGUGUCUCAAGCCUGGGAUCCCCUGGCAACAAGCAUUGUACAUGCUGUAUGCCGUCAGUGCCCUGAUCCUGGUGCGUUCUAUCUUCCGGAUCAUCGAAUAUGUUAUGGACAAUGAUGGAUAUCCGCUGAUGCAUGAGUGGACAAUGUACAUCUUUGACAGCGUGCCGAUGGCAAUUGUUAUGGUUAUCUUCUUCAUUUGGUAUCCAGAUCAGAUGAGCCUCGAUACGAACCCCGAGAGAAGCAUUCCAUUGGCACAUAAUUACUCCGAGGUUUAA